AUGGCCAGCCAAGACCCGCCCGCGCCAAGGGCAAACGCUCCCAGCCGCACCACGUCGAGCAACGCCAGCACACCACUCCUCAUGCCAUCCUCUCCGCCCACACCGCCGCAGCACAGCAGCACAAAACGAGCCCCCCUAGCAGAGGCAACGGCACACAACAUCGGCCAGGCUCACACGCCACGCAAGAGACUCAAGCCCGACACCGGCUCAGCCGUAGGCACCGCCACCGCCACCGCCACCGCCGCCCAGACGCCCACGCCCUCACGCUCCGGCAGGCCAUACGCCCGUCCCUCGCCCGCCUCGUCAAAGUCGAGCCUGUUCAAACCAUUCAAGUCUCCUCUCGUCCGCGGCAAAGGGGCGCCGUCCGACCCCUCGUCCUCGUCGUCGUCUCUUGCGCCGGCGCCGGUCAAGGCGUUCACCACCAAGCCCUCGUCGUCGAGAUCAACAAUCUACCCGGCUUCACCGACAAAACCUCUGGCCAGUCCCGGCCGCGGCCGCGGCGCAUUGCUAACGCCACGCAAGCGCUCGGAACGCGCAGAGCUCGAGGACCAGCUGCGUCGGCUGCGGCAGGCCGACAAGAUCAUCCGCGACCGCUCCCUCGACACGCUGCCGCACCUCAUCGAAAAGUGGCGCGAAGCCGGAAAGAUGGCCGCCCAGGACCUCUGGAACCUCACGGGUGCCGCCGAGGCGGGACAAGAGUCGUUUUCCAUCCGUCCAGGAGCCUACGACGUCGAGGAACGGGGACGCCACGACGACGAAGGAGCGGACGCGAUCGGCACGUCGAGUUGGCGCAGGCAGAAUGCCGACAGUCCGCCACCGUCGCCGCGGACGGCCUUUUUGAUACGCAGGAGCAUGUCCGAGGGGACGCGGGAGCAGUGCGCGGCACUCAGGGGCGAAGACGACGACAGCCUGCCGCGCUCGUCCCUCUCGAGCUCUCCGCUGCCGCCCCCCGAGUCGUUUGCGCUCUCCGCCUCGUCGCGGCGACCCAACGCUUCAAGCGGCGGCGGCGUCACCUCGCAGCGAGCCGGGUCCGAUCGCCACCAGCACGACGAUGGGGAUGACGACGUGACAAAGGGCAUCGAGCAGAAGUGGAACGUCGGGAGAAUGUUGGACCUGAUCGGAGUCGACAAGACGCUGCUGCGUUGGAACACAAACGAAGAAGAGUUUGAAUGA